GCGACACUGGUGAAAGUGAAAGUCGAAGGUUCGUCUUUAGUAGCAGCGGCACAGGCUGAUUCUCUCACAGUGAGAAUGGUCGUUCCUCCGCGCAAUUCUCUCCACGAACACGCUGGAAGUGUCCGAUGGGUCCGGGUGCGCUCUGGGUCUCCGUUGUGGUGGUCUGUCUGCUCGGAGCGGCGCGCUGCUCCCCGGACGAAAAAGAGACUUGUCCCUGUCCAGACAUUCCUUUGAGGCCUGACACUCUGCCUCCCCCCCAGGGAUGCUUUCCAGUUGGCCACCGUUUUCGUUACAAGUGUGUAGAAGGCAAGGUGAGGAAAGCGGGAACCUCAGAUCUCACAAAAUGCAGCCAAAGUAAAGGCAAGGUAUCCUGGACUGAUGCCAACCUGGAAUGCAUAGACGACCCAAAAAGACCCAAACCAACACAGAGUGAAUUAACAUCGGCUCACACGCCUAGUCCUCAUGACAUCAUGACCACCAUCAUUAGCAGCACAAUCUCAGCUUCCACCAGUACACAGAUGACUCCCAGUAAGAGUUUCUCGCCUUCAGAGCUGACUAACAGCACAGAGUCGACCACAGCCUCUCACUCACAGGAAACUAUAACAACAGCCCUGACAGAUCGUACGACAAGUGCCUCAGCCACCACCGGUGCAUCCAUCAGCACAGCACAUGCCCCUCGUUAUGCAGGCAAAGAAGCAGCUGCAGGAAUCAGCUGCGUUUCACUGGUGAUUAUCUGCGCUUUGAUCGGAUUCAGCUUGUAUUUUGUUAGGAGGAGGAAAAGACAAAACCUCUCACAGGAGAAACCAGAAGAACAAGUGGCGAUAAAUUGCAUCAAUGGACUUCCUGAAUGACACUGUAUCAAGUUAAAUGAAGGUCAAAGGGGUCGCGCCCAAUGCGGAUUAUUAGAUAUCGGCGCCACAGGACUGGAAACGAAAGCUUGUGUGCACUUUCUCCACUCCGGACAGUGAAGAUCUCUGGCAGUUCCAGGAACCCUCAGCCGAAGGUUGACUUUAUAUGUCAGUUUUUUUUGUUUGCACACAAGAGACUUGUGAAUAAAUAUCUGAACUAUGACGUUAUCACAUCACAUUUUGCCUGCUUAAACAGAACGGUGCUUUCCCCACCCUCCAUCACAAACAUUAAUUCUUCAUAAACUCUCCAGUUCAGUAUUACGUGGGAGUUUUGCUGACUUCUAACCACCUGGGCCGUGCCCCCACAUCUAACAGGUCUAGUGUGUGUGAGGGGGGAUUUUAAUAAUUACACACAAGCUAAUGCUCUUUGGAAAAUUCUGCGCUGCCAGGAAGAGGUCAGCGAAGCUCUUUGAAUAGAGAAAACAUUUAUUUAUAGACAAAAAUGUUAAUAAUAAGUCCAUUAAAAAAACACCAAGUACAAAACUACUUAGAAAAUGACCUGAGUUUCCCCUGUGGCUUUGGUCAUAGGUUAAAAGAGGAAUUGAUGUUUCUUUCUGCAGAUGCAGCACAUAAUGACUCAAACACUCACCUCUGAACAUCUUAGAAAUCAUAGUCUGCAAACUCUUUGCCUUUCCUUGUAAAAAUGACAUGUACUGUUUUUUUAUGGCUGUGAUAAUAAAUUAUGAGUUGCUUCCAUGAA